ACGUCACACCCUUGAGCUGCUGGCGCCAUCGCAAUCAACCAAUUAUCAAGCGCAAACCUUGCACUCACUCGGAAGGCGAGACUCAGAAAAAUAUUUAUAUAAUAAGCUUCCCUCCCAAGACUUUUUUCAUUCCCGUCUUUUAAGUUAAUAUCCGUACAUCUUUGUAAUCUACCACUUUUUAAGUUGACUUGCGCAAUACAAUACAAAUUCAAGAUGAGGGCCUACUGGUAUGAUAACACUCCUGGCGACCAACGCCUACCCCACGACUCGGGCAAGGACGUCAACGCGGCGGCGCUGCAGGAGUUAGGCGUGCUGUACUUCAAGUACCCGGAGGUGUCGGCGGUGGACGAGCUAGCGCGCAACCGCGGGUACAAGAACCGCGACGAGAUCACAGUGUCGCCCGAGAAGAUGGGCGCCGUCUACGAAGAGAAAGUCAAGUCUUUCUUCCACGAGCACCUUCACGAGGACGAGGAGAUCCGUUAUAUUCGCGACGGCCAGGGCUACUUCGACGUCCGCAGCAAGGGCGACGAGUGGGUCCGCAUUCAGCUCGAGAAGGACGACUUGAUUAUCCUGCCGCCCGGUAUUUACCAUCGCUUUACUACGGAUGAGAGCAACUAUAUCCAGGCGAUGCGUCUCUUUAAAGAUGAGCCUAAGUGGACGCCACUGAACAGAACCGGGGAGCUGGACGAAAAUCAGUUCCGCAAGGAGUACGUUACGCAUUACCUGGCCUAAAGUGGCCGGGAUGAAUGGGUUAAAUAAAGGGGGUUAGGAUACGGGUCAAAAAAUAUUUCCUCUGGGGGUGAUCUAGCGAAUGUUGGCGGUAGCAAUACUUUAGCUUUGAUGUGACGGUCCUUUUGUUCUUAGAAGUCUCUUAAUGAUAUUACGAAGGAAAGAUAAAAAUUUUACAUAUUUUACUUGUGUAACUUCGCGGUUUUGUUAUUUAAUAUCACGGCGAUCUGAAGCAAAUUCAUACAAACAAAGUCCUCACAUCUUUAUAUUCCCUUACCUUCC